GUUUUUUUAUUCAACAACAUUUUUCUUUCUUUUUUUUUUACAAUUUUUUUCUUUCCUCUCUCUCUCUCCCUUCAAUUUCUCCAGAAAGAAUCAAUUCCUUCUCAUUGCAAUUGUUUUCAACUUGCCAUUGAUUUUGCUCCUUCAUAAGGAGGAGGGAAAAAAAAAAAAUCACAGCUUGUUCUCUCUCUCUCUCUCUUUCUCUCUCUUAUGUUCUUAGUUCAUAUUAUGGUGGAAAAUUCCCAUGACUCUGAAGUUUGAUGAACCACAUUUUUGUGUGUAAAGAUCUUUGCUUUGAGCUUCAGUGAUUAAUGGGCGUGUUUGUCGGAGUUGGACUUUGGUGGAAUGCUGGGGUCAGAGUUGGGUUCUGAGACAUGUUCUAUCAUCUCUUUGCUGUGAAUUGUGUCGCUGAGUUAUAUAAUUUGUGUCACGGGUUCUGAACUGUGAACUGAAGAAGAAUCUCACUUCUUCUUCUCUGAGAUCUAAAAAGAACAACAGCAAUAACCUUAUCUUGCUUUGUUUCUUGUUUUGUUUGGAUUCACUGAUUAAGCAGACACAAAAAAGGAGAGAAUAGUGAGAAAGAUGAUGAGGAUGAGGAAUGGUGAGAGUAACAGCAACAAGACAAAUGGAUUAAUGGUGAGCAAUGGUGGUGAGGCUGGUUCCAAGGAGUGGGAGAUGAGGCCAGGUGGAAUGCUUGUUCAGAUGCGAACUGCUGACUCGGAUCGGAACUCAGUUCCUCCACCGACAAUUAGAGUUAGAGUCAAGUACAAUUCAAUUUACCAUGAAGUCAACAUUAAUUCUCAAGCUACAUUUGGGGAAUUGAAGAAAAUGCUUUCAGGGUCAACUGGUUUACAUCACCAAGAUCAGAAGCUGUUUUAUAAGGACAAGGAGAGGGAUUCAAAGGCUUUCCUUGACAUGGUUGGGGUGAAGGACAAGUCAAAAAUGGUGUUGAAGGAGGACCCUAUAAGCCAAGAGAAGAGGUUCUUGGAGCUGAGGAAGAAUGCUAAGAUGGAGAAAGCUGCAAAAUCUAUCUCUGAAAUCAGCUUGGAUGUAGAUAGGCUUGCAGGAAGGGUGUCUGCUUUUGAAACAAUAAUCAACAAAGGUGGGAAAGUUGCUGAAACAGAUGUUAGUGGUCUUAUUGAGUUAUUGAUGAAUCAAUUGCUCAAAUUGGAUGGUAUUACAGCUGAUGGGGAUGUCAAAUUGCAAAGAAAAAUGCAGGUGAAAAGAGUUCAAAAGUAUGUUGAGACUUUGGACAUGCUCAAAGUUAAGAAUUCAGUGCCAAACAGCAAUGGAGAUCAUGGUCCUCCUCCUAAGCAUUCAAAUGGUCAAAGACUUGCACCAAUUCAAGAGCAACCACAGCAACAAACACAUUCAAAUGGGAAUCAUAUGUUAAUACCAAUUGAUGAGGAGGAACAAGAAGCAACACCAAGGAACACAAAUGGCCACUUUCAGAAGCAACAACAUGAAAACCAAUCAACAAGGCAUUCUUCUACCUCAGGAGUAGUAGUCACCACUCAAUGGGAGACAUUUGAUUCUGCCCCUCCAUUGAUCCCUCUGCCAUCAUCAACCUCAGUGACCAAUAACAAUAAUUCAGGUCACCAAAAGUUCAAUUGGGAUAUCUUCAACUAAAAAAGUAAAAAUUCAAAAAAGAGAAGUUACCAUAGCACCACUAGUUUGCAAAAUUGUGUGCAUGUGAUUUGGGUUUGCCUCUUCCACUAUUGGAGUAUUGUUAUAUUGUUACCUACUUACAUUCUUUUCUGUAUUUAGAUUUGUUUAGCAACCCCUCUCUAUAAUCAUGUCAUUUACUUCAGAAAAUAAAAUGGGGUUGCUAUUGAUAGUGAUUAAUUAAUUACCAUAAGGAAAAAAAAAAAUUGUUCCCA